AUGCCGCAGGGGCUCAUGGAAUGUCUUGAUGGUUCCUCCGCGACAAGUUCCAAUUCGGCGUCUUCCAGGAGGCCAUCCCCUGAAGCCGAGAUGGAGCCUAGCGAGCGUCUGGCCAGGCAGCCGCCGCCAAGAAUACGGAGGACGAAGCCAGAGGAGCACUUCACUCCGCAGGAUCUUCAUCCACUUUUCCGCUAUCUGGCAUAUUACAGCACUAUCAAUGGCAUUGAGGGGGGAUACAAGGCCGGACAUCCGCCGGAUGGGGCCGCGGCGAUCCUCGUCCGGUUCGAGGGCGCCAGCUGGGGCGAGUGCAACACCAAAGCCCUCGCCGUGAACAACGCCGCCGCCGUUCCCGCUGCUGCUGUCGCAUGCCGCGGAAGCCUAAGGACAGCGGCAAUAUCACCAUGGGGCCUACGACAUGACCGGCAGCACUGGGACGCGGAAUUCGCCCGCGAGUGUUCCGAAGUUGACAACAUGCCCGAGAGGGAGCCCCCGGGAUCCAAGACAUUCUCGCCAAGCCGCUCGUCCGCGAGCUGA